AUGUCUGAACCACGACGGUCGACGAGGGCACGCGCCCGCGAAGAAGCUGCCCCAGCUGUACCGGAGACGCCGAGUGAGAAGCCCGCAAGAGGUGCCAAAUCGUCAUUGAAGCGCAAGCGGACAAGCAUCGCCGUCAAAGAUUCAGCGCCCUCGACGCCCGUCGCUGACGGCGCAUCAUUGCCGCCCAAACAAACACUACCCCUCCGAAUAGUCGACGGCGCACCUCUUCCUACACUUCCCGAACCACAGCCUCUGGAUCUGCCCUCAAGCGAAUGGCAGACCAUCCAGCAAAGCGGCGUAUUGGAGACGUCGUUUGAGCGGUCCAAGGCAGUAUGGCUGUCCGGUGCCAACUUCCGCACCUUCCAUGCCCACUUCAAUCAGCCCAAGAAGCUGGCCGACCGGACAGAUGAGGACAAGGCCAAGACAGCGAGACAGAAGGAGCUACUCAAAAACUUCCCCCAGGUCGGUGCUGACAGAGUGAGUGUGAAGCUUGUCAUAGAACCGCACACGCUGCCUAUCAGACUCUAUGGCCCGCGCGAGGUAGGCAAGCCGGUACAGAAGAAGGCUCCGACACCAUCGCCAUAUGCUCCAUGGCCGAACCACAAUCACAACCAGCCCAACCAGCACACCAAGUACCAAGGCGGCCAGCCCAUACAGCAAAAGCCCCAACCACGGCCGCCACAACCUCCCAAGCCUGUGCAAGCAGCGCCUCCGCCUCAAGCACCCGCAGCGCCCGCGCCCGAUCCCGUCAUACACAUGCUUGCCGCGAGAGCUGGCACAGAUCCCGAGCUGAAGGCUGUCAUGAAGAUUGUCGCAGCUGGAUCCGCAAGCAAGGAACAGCUGGAAUUCUUCCAGACGCACAUCAACGAGUUGACGGCCAUUCUGGCGAGGCAGAAGGAAGAGAAGACGCCCAAACCAAUACAGCCACCUGCGACUCCAAAAGCUCCCCCGCCGCCGCCUCCAGCACCGAAGCAGAUAGCUCCCCCUCCGCUGCCGCGACCAGUUCAGCCUGUCCAACAGCCUAUCCAGCCCAGCGCUCCCAAGCCAUAUAGUCCGGUUCCACCACAAGCGCAAAUGCAACAGCCCCCGCCUACACAACAACCAUAUCCACCAUACCAAAACAACUACAGCAAACCGCCGCAGUACCACCCACCACCGCAGAUAUCUGCCUACAACCCACCCCCGAGGACAACAUACCGCCCUCUAGUCUUCAGUUUUGUCCAUGGCAGUGAGGACAAGUUUUACUUCCCUUCGUAUAGUUUCAUGGAGUGGCUCCCUAAUGGCACAGGCGCAAAGCUAUCGUUCCUCAUCACCAAGAUGAAGCCGAAGCCAGAAUCUGUUGUCAAGCCUCCAUCCACACCUGCACCAAAGUCAACGCCGACGCCGACGCCGACCCCGACACCUGGUAAUGCGCCUAAUGCGACACCCAAUGCGCCGCAAUUGAAUGUCAUGACACCAACAGCCAAUCCUACAAACCCUACUUUUGCGGCCAUACAACCCUCGGCAACAACCCCUUCAACACCCUUUGUGACACCUAAACCUCCCCAACGAAUUGAAGAUUUCGACGAGAUGAACGAAAUUGACAAUAUUGAAUUCUACCAGCCCGUCACCGUCCUUCUGCUCAUCGAACACGAUGAAGGCGACGAAAUCGCAAGUGCCUUGCCGCGCUCAAUACGGCCACCGCAUGUUGUAGAAAAGUACAUGAAUGAGGUGUUUGAUCGAUGUAAACGAGCGGAUGAAACGUACUUGGCAUUCAGAUUGCCGAGAGACGGUGAUGAGGCGCCAGAGAAGAGGGCCAGGAGUGGGGAUGUGACGCCUGCGCUUGCAACCCCGACACAAGAUGUCGUGAUGGGAGGUAUGGGGGUGUCUGCUAGCAGUGCGGCUGAGAAGAAGAGGGCUGGACGACCUAGGAAGAGUCUUGCUUGA